AUGCUCGCUAUAACAGCACUUGCCCCAAAAUUCUGUUAAGGCUAUACGGGGGUUUGUUUGUCUUUGAUCAAUUUUGAGUACAUAAUCUGCAAGUAUAUUUUUCGGCAUUGGGAUAUUACAAUGGUACACGGCGUGUUUUCGAACCGGAGGGGGUCGCUCACGCACUUGCGCCGGCUCGCUCGCGGCUUUAACGUCUCACUACCGCUCCCUCGCUGCCCAGAACCGAGCGUUCUGUUGUCACAAUGUGCACCACCCUGCCGCCUGCAGUAACAUCUGCGGGAUGAGACGGUGCUGAAUGUUGCUGUGCCGCUGCUCGACGUGUUAAGGGGCCCCUUUGCCUGGGCCGUUCCCGGGGAGCGCCGAAUGCGCCGCGGCGAAUCGCGAGCACCGCGGCCCCCAUCGAGCACCGCGGCACCCAUCGUGCACCGCGGCCCCCAUCGUGCACCGCGGCACCCAGCGGCCCCCAUCGUGCACCGCGGCCCCCAUCGAGCACCGCGGCCUGGGAAUGGAGGCUGUGGUGGUAAUGGUACAAGUUGGUGGUGCUAGAGGUACUUAGUUUCUUAAAGAAACGCGCGGUCUGUCCCGUCGCCUAAAUCUGCCAGUCAACCCACGGCACCUGCACGGUCUGUUCCGUGAAAUUCCUGCCAGCAGCGAGCCUCCGGACACCUCAAGUGGCCUCGAAGUGCACUUAGCCUGGCACAAGCGCCGUGGUUAGGCGGUGGUAGUUAGUGGUGAGUUGUAUUGGUAGUUGGUUGCGAUAGUUGUGGUCGUGCAAUUAGUUUAGUUAUGGCGGUAGUUAGUGGUGGUAUGAGUGUGCUAAUCCGUAACGCGCAGGCCCUGGUGCCCGUGUCCCGCUCGCGUUUGCGGCGCGACGCGGAGCUGCUGCUGCGCGUGCUGCUUGUGACUGGCCGCUCGGCGCCUCCUCCACCUCCCCGUCGCCUCCUCCUCUCCGCACUCUGCGUCUCCUCGCGUCGCAUCCGCAACCUCAACCUCCACUACCGCGGGGAAGACCGCGCCACUGAUGUGCUGGCCUUCCCCUACGCGCAGGUCGUGGCUCCAGGGGUGUUGCCGGAAGCCAAGGACGGCGCGGACGACUCUCUGAUGGACUCUCUGGGGGACGUGAACCUGGGGGAUGUGUACCUGGGGGUGAGCUACAUCCAGCAGAGCCUGCGUGCAGGAGAACGUUUCCAUGAUGCGCUCACGAUGUACGAGAAGGAGAGUGAGGUGCUGUUGGAAUACGGCCGCAACACAGGCAUCACGCUCGCGCCUCUCACAGCUGGGACAUUCUGACUCCCACCGUCGAAACCUGCUCGAGCUGCGGGUGGCACAACAUUCUAGAGAUGCCUCAAGAACCUUACCACGCUCUGCUAUGUCAGCCUCACUACCUCUCCACGCUCUACCAUGCCAGCCUCCGGACAAUGACUUUGGCAACUACCUCGUUACCCUGGAAGCCCCUCUCGAACUUUUGGGAUGGUGACGUGGCUCAGAGUUAGCAAGUUCGCCGCUUAUUACAGAGGCUUGUAGUUCCAAUCCGGUAGGCCAUCAUCAUUAAUACUGCAUUGUGUGUAUGAACCGUAAAAUACCACUCGUCAUCUGCUUCAGAGUGGACGGUAAAGAUACCCUGUCGUAAUUUGAGACGGGGAGACCAUUGUGUGCUGGCAUUUUGGUCCAAAUUC